AUGUCAGCGUUUAUCCUGGCUUUAGUACUGGUUCCUGCAGGUUUAUGCAUGAAAAUCGCAUUGCAUCUUUGUGCUCAGCAGCCACCACAUGUUGCUAUGGACAACGAAUACCCUGGAGAUGAUGAUGAUGAUGCGAGUCUACAAGCAGCCCAUUUACUGUCAAGGAUAUUGCCAUCCACUCUACGAGAUACGAUGCAAAAUUGGUUUUGGUUCCCACAUCAGUACUCGAGUAAUACCACGAUCCGCAAGGUGAUUUAUGCUCCAUUCCCAGUCUGCUGGAUGUCGUCAGCCACCAACGUCUUCCAUUCUAUAUCCAUCGAGUCAUUAUUGUACAACUUUACCAAUAGCGGCAGGCAACUAUGGCAGCUAUUCCUGUGUCGAUUAGAGCAUUUUCAUUUGGGCCUCUUUUUGAUUGGCGGAUUGUGGACGCUGCGAUUGGUUUUUACAACGCUCAACUCUGUUCUUACUACGCAUCAACGUCAUUUGCAUGCUCAUCCAUGGCUACUUGCUGGAAAUGAUCACGAAGGAGAGGAUGAGGAUGAGGAGGAAGUGAAUAUCGAACAUCACGAGAAUGAGCUUAUGAGAGCGGCUGUGGCAUUACAAGCAGCAGCUGAACAUAGCGAUGUUAUAGACCGGAUCGUGGAGACGUUGGGUAAGUUGGUCAAGAGCUUUGUGCUAUUGUACUGUUGCUGGAUUGUGGUCUUGGUGUGGAUCCAUUUCUUUGUUUUCGCUUUUUACGUCGAUCCUAUCAACCAAGGAUACACGAUGCCUGCUGUCGAUAUGGGCCUCUGGGUGUUUCGAUGGAUAAUUACCACCUUUGCAGUUAUUGAUUGUGUCAAAAAAUGUAUUUAUGAUCAAAUUGGUUGUAGUAUAAAUGAAGAACAAGUAAUAUCAUUACAUCAUAGCAGAUAA